AUGAAACCAAAUCAUUCAGAAUAUAAAGAAGAAGAAGAAGAAGAAGAAGAAGUGGAAGAAGUAGAAGCAGCAGCAGCAGCAGAAGAAGAAGAAGAAGAAGAAGAAGUAGAAGAAGAAGAAGAAGAAGUAGAAGAAAAAGAAGUAGAAGAAGAAGAAGAAGAAGAAGAAGAAGAAAAUCUAUUGAAUAUUAGUGAUUAUAUAUUUUAUUAUGUAAUGGAUAUAACUAAUUCAUGUAUUACAAUUAGUCCAUAUCAAAGUACAUCUCAUUCAGUAUGUUUAAAUAAUGUUCAAUUAUCUACAAAACGUAAAUAUCCAUCUAUUAAGAAUACAUCAAUUAUUCGUCAUAAAAAUAAACAAUAUUUAAGUCCAAAAUUAACUAAAUCCAAUUCUAUUCUACGAUCAUUUCAUCAUCAUCAUCAUCAUCAUCGUCAUCGUCAAGAUCAAGAUCAAGAUCAUGAUCAUGAUCAUUAUGAUUCAUAUGAUCAAUAUGUACCGAAUGCUCCAAGACCAUCAUUAAAAUUGAAUGAAGAUAAUAUACUUUUUGUAAAGAAACAGAAUUUAUCUAAAAUACAACGUCAUUUACAUGAAGAAUUAAUUCAUCAUCAAUCACCAUCCUCAUCCUCAUCAUCAUCGUCAUCCUCAUCAUCAUCCUCAUCAUCAUCAUCAGUUCAUGAUAAGGAUCCAUAUCAAAUGAAUCAUGAACAAAUUAUACCGAAAGAAAUUCAUAUCACAACAUCAACACCAUUUAUUAAAUCAUCUAAAGGAUCAUAUUCUCAUAAAGGAUCCAUCAUCAAUUCAGCAUUAAUUGGUGCACCUAGAUUAGCUCUUAAUGUUUCAUUACAAAAUAAUAAUAUUACUACUACUACUAAUAAUAAUAAUAGUAAUAUAGAAGAUUUAGAUUUACCAAAUAUAUCAAAUACAAGUCUCUCCUAUGAUCAAAGAAAUAGUAACCAUAGUGAUAAUGAUGAUGAUGAUCCUGAUCCUAAUGAUAAUCAUGAAAACGAUCAAAAUCAAUUAUCCAAUCUAAUCAAUAAUCAAUAUUUAAUCAAUAAUAAAGCUUGUCCUACGUCUAAUAUUAUAUCAGAUCAUAGAAAUGAUCCAAAUUUCAUGACAUUUCGUUGUCGAAUUUGUUUAGAUGAAAGUCAAAAUAAUCAUGAUCAUGAAGAAGAAGGAUUAUUGUCACCAUGUCGUUGUAAAGGUACCAUUGGUUUAGUUCAUAAAAAAUGUCUACAAAAAUGGUUAUUAACCUCGGGUAAAUUACAAUGUGAAUUAUGUGGUUAUGUGUAUCUAAUGAAACCAUCGAAAAAGUAUUCAUCAUUUCAUUCUAUUAGAUGGAAUCAAUUUAGACAAUAUAAUGAUGAAUUAAGACAGUUUUGUCAUUGGUUACAAUGGCAUAGAAUAAGAAAACAUUUAAUUGUUGAUAUUAUAUGUAUGAUAUUACUGAUACCAACUACUUAUAUUGGUGUUUAUUUUUGUGCAAUUAGCGCUUUCAAUUAUGCUGAAUUCAAUCCAUUCACAUGGCAAGUGAUUAGUUUAUGGGGAUUAGCUGUACUUUUAAUUUUACUACUUACAAUAUGGAUUAUAUUAGCUAUCAAACAUCAUUUAAAUCAUUAUCGUCAUUAUCAACAUGAACAACAACAACAACAACAACAACAACAGCUCACAUUGACAGAAACCAAUCAUCCAUUGAAUCGAUUACCUAGAUAUCGAUUUUCGAUACAACCUAGACCACGUGGAUCCUCUGUGGUAUUAUAUACUACAAUGAUUCAUAAAGAUCAAGAAUUAUCGACGAGAUCAAAAAAACAUGAAACAGAAAUAUCAAUGAAUUCCAAUGUAGAAAAUAUAGAAAUGAAUUCAUCAUUUAGCCAACAUGAUGAAUUACCAAGUUCAAAUAAGUAUUCAUCGAAUGGGAAUCAAAAGAUUGUUGUUUCUGUGGAAUUAACUACUGUACCUGAAGUCAUGGAAGAAUUAUCUACAUCCAAUAAUAAAGUAUCUAUUUAAGAAUAUAGAAACA